AACAGACAUGGGACUCCAUAUGAUUUGCAGAGAAAAGCAAAAAAGAAGGGAAGUGAUUAUUUUGAACUAAUAAAGGGUCACUAAACAACUCUCUCAUCAUAGUGUUUGUUCAUCACGAGAAAAAGCUCAUCCCAACUAUAUUAUUUUUUUCUUUAUCUCACUUUUUAUACCAUAAUAGUAAUAUACUGUAUACAUAAUUAUGUGUGUGUAUGCAUGUAUUGUGAGGAAGAAGAACAUCAGUUGGAGGAAUGAGAAUGAAUAAAGGUAGAAAGAGAAAAAGGGGUUCUUUUUUUUUGAAUCUGGGUGUACCCAAAUGCCUUUUCUUGUUCUUCCUUUUUGAGCAUUAAGCUAUGCCUGACCAUUUCUGUUUCUUCACCAAGGAUACUUUCAUCAUAAAGCCACCAAAGAAAUCUCCACUGCUGCUAAGAGUGGUGGUCUUACUUUUUGCAAUGAUAUGUGGAAUUUAUAUAUGUUCGAUUUGUCUGAAACAAAUUGGUUCGCGUUCCAGUGGAUUGCUCGCGACUGUUCAUGUCAUUGAAAGACCAUGUGAGACGACUAAUGUUGAGCCUUCAGAAAAACCUUACGUGCAUUUCCCCAAGCCAAAAACUUUUAGCCGGGCUGAGUGUGCUUGCAAUCCUGUAAGGUUUUUUGCAAUUUUGUCCACUCAGAGGUCUGGCAGUGGAUGGUUUGAAACAUUGUUGAACAG